CAAUCAUGAGUCUCUUACGGUUACGUUUGAAACCACUUUACGCCAUCGGCCUUUCGCUUCUGCUGCUGUCGUCCGGCCUGAUCGUCGACGCAUCCGAAGCGCCCCAGUGUCCAGCGAAUCGUAUCCUUUCCCAGCGCUCCAAACGCUGGAUACUGAGCUAUCCCAUCAACGGCGGUGUGGCGAAGAUGGUGUUCGGCUUUCUCGCUCCGAUCCGCUUUCACCAUCCGUUGCCGCGCAGCUUGAACCUGUCGCUGAACGUACAGGCCAACUAUCGCAUCCUGCCCGCCAUUAUCUUCCCCCGGCCGGAAUCGAUCUUUAAGAACCGUGCCAAUAGUGAGUACACGGACACGAGCCGGAAGCAGUUCUACGAGCUGGUGGAGCGUAUGCUGACCGGCUGGAACCGUAACGGACGCUCCUGCUUGCUGCGCACGAUCUGUGAGGUGGCAGAAACGCCACUACACCAUAAUGGGCUUGUUGGCGAGCUGUUUGAAGUUGUGUUCACACCACACGAGACCGAUCAGCUGGGCAGCGAGUACACGUUGGCCCGCCAGUAUGGAGCGAAUGGUGUGGACUGCCGGAGGAUGUAUGCCGAGUGUCCGCUAGGGCAUGGGUUGCUAGAUACUAUUAGUGCGAUCAAUAUGUGAGCAGGUGUGACAGUGACGUUAUUAGGUGUAUAAAAAAUCAGUACUCUUAAGUAAUAAUAAUUAAGAUGGGGCACGGGAAGGUCUCUUCUACCUCCAACGUUAUUUGCGUAUGACGCCUCGGUAGUGUAUCGAAAAGAUGGGUUAACUCCAAGAAAACCGGAUGGCUUCAAACUCCAAUCAGAGCAACCAGCCAUAGCAAGUGCUGAAUAAGCCGGUUACACCUUACACGCAUGU